CCCUAACAUGAGCACGUCUUACGUUCGCCCAUAUCCAUACACACUCAUGCUCACAUACAAGCUGUGUAAAAAUUUUGUGAAUCUUAUGAUUUUUGUAAAUUAUUAGCACACAAUUAAGCACAAAAACAAGAAAAUUCACAACCACUUGAAGAAUUAGCAAUACAAACAAACUGACUAAACGCAAAAACAACAAAAACAGCGAAACCCAGACCCUUUCCACAACCGCUAGAAAAAUGGCCAAAAUGUACGGAAAGGGUAAGACGACUAUAGAGUCGGAGGAGCAACAAAAGCGUCGCUGGCAAAUCGAGCUGGAGUUUGUGCAGUGUUUGUCCAAUCCCAACUAUCUAAACUUCUUAGCACAGCGCGGGUACUUUAAGGAUGCUUCAUUUAUCAACUACCUAAAGUAUUUGCAGUACUGGAAAGAGCCAGACUAUGCCAAGUAUUUAAUGUACCCAAUGUGUCUGUACUUCCUAGAUCUCUUGCAAUACGAACACUUUCGUCGCGAGAUCGUCAACAAUCAGUGCUGCAAGUUCAUCGAUGAUCAAGCAAUACUACAAUGGCAGCAUUAUACCCGCAAACGCAUAAAACUAAUUAAUUCAGUGCAAGAGAAUGCCGCAGCAGCGGCAGCAGCCCAAAAUGGUCCCAGCGAAGCAGCCACUGCUCCAGGAUCAGAAGCAGCCAAUCCACAACAAGCGGCCUUACAAAAUGGCAAUGCUGAGAUGAAUGGCAUUGCUUCAAGCGGAAGCAUAAAGCUAGAAUAAUAUUAGCAAUCGGGUCGACAAAUCAGGAAAAUAAAUUAGAUUAAGCAAGCUUAAAUUAUAGACUUAAAAACGAGAACAACGAACUUUGAAAUCUAAUACAGUCGGAGUAUAGAUCAUA